UCUCGACUCUCUCUCUCUACAGAUGUGACCAGAACUGCUGAGUUUUCCCAUUCCUGUUUUAGUUCCCGAUUUCCAGUGUCAGCUGUUCAUUGGAAAUUGUUUUUUCGAACAUAUUUUCUAUUACUAACAGCCACCAUAAACAGGUACACUUUGUGAUAACAAAAUCAGAAAUUGCUGGAGAAACCCAAGUCGGUCUGGCAGCAUCUCUGGAAAGAAGACACAUCUAUAUCUGUUCUUGUCACCAUAAACACUUCCUUUGCCUUUCACUUUGAGGCACUCCCAUUAACCCUGAAACGUUAACUUUGUUUUCCCUUAACAAAUACUGCCAGACCUGCUGAGUUUCUCAGGCCACACCUUCGGUUUUGUAUUUAGAUUUUUUUUCUGGAACUACCUUCCUGUGAUUGAUGGAGGAAAGGACGACCAUCUCCUCAAACAUGACUGAACUGCAGCCCCAAGCCCAGAAAACGUCCCCCUCCACAGAGACUCGGCUCAAUUCAUCCAAACCUCUCACAACUCCGCUCCGAACUACAUUACCCAUACCGCACGUGGGCCCAGCACCUGCGCAUUGAGUGGCGGCUGUGUGGAAUCAGGGGAGAUGGUCCGCGAUGCCUGCCGGGGGUUGUAGUUCUGUGCCGCGCAGUGGCCGUGGGCGCUCAGCAUUCGGGAGCCCGAACGGCUGUGACAUGGACAGUGCUGGACGAGGAGGUUACAUUAUCACAUAAGACAGGAGACUGCUCACAGAGCACAGGAAUCACCCGAUCUGAAGUGGACAAGAGCACAGGAAUCACCCGGUCUGAACUCGACAGGGAACACAGUUCCUUGGAAAAGAUUCCUCGUAAAUUAUUUAUUCCAAACUGUUAAAGGAAGCUGCAAUGGUCCGUUUCUCAGUGCUGGUCUCUCUGUGUGGAGUGGUCUAUGCAGGCUCUCAUUCCCUCCGGUAUUUCUACACUGCAAUGACCCCAAUUUCUGGUUUGCCAGAGUUUCUGGCUGUUGGUUAUGUCGAUGAUAUCCCAAUUGAUUACUACGACAGUGAUCUUCGCAAAGUGAUCCCUCGGCAACGAUGGAUGGCAGAGUGUCAGGGCCCUGAGUAUUGGGAACAGCAGACUCAGAUCCUGAGGAGCUCUGAGCACAUCGGGCUGACCAAUAUUCAGACAGCCUUAAACCACACCAACCAGAGUGGAGGGAUCCACACGGUCCAGAUAAUGCACGGUUGUGAGCUCCAAGAUGACGGGAAAAGCAAUGGAUUUCACCAGGAAGGCUGGGAUGGCCAGGACUACAUCAGCUUUGACAAGGAGCACAUGGUGUGGGUUACCCCAGUAUCCUGGGGAUUGAUCACCAAGAACAAGUGGGACCAGGAUAAAGCCAGGAAUCUACAGAGGAAGGCUUACCUGGAGAGAACCUGCAUUGAGUGGCUGAAAACAUACUUGAAGCAGGGAAAGAGAGAGCUAAAACCCAUUGCUCCUCAGAUGUUCCUUACUGUGGAUACCGCAUCAGCAACUGAUUCAGCCCAACUGUCCUGUCUCGUGACGGGAUUUUACCCUCGCGACAUUGAAGUCGUUCUUCUAAAAAAUGACAGACCAAUCGGGGAGACAUACUCUACUGGCAUUCUGCCCAACCACAAUGGCACUUACCAAUUCAGGAGAUGGGCAGUAAUCAACUUGGAGGACAGAGCCACCUAUUCCUGUCAGUAUGAACACAGCAGUGAAGGGUUGGAGACCCGACAGUUGGUUGAGGCAUUCCAACUGUCUCCAAGAUCUCUACAGGGAACAAAUGACCAUUUGAAUAUUGGAAUUGUUGCUGCUGUCCUCGUUCUGAUUGGUAUCGUCGUUGGUAUGGUUGUCUGGAGGAGGAGAGGGAAGACAGCAGGACAGGAUCUGCCACUGACAGGAGGAAAGAAGAAAUCCAUUUAUAAUCUGGCAAAUUCUACUGAUUCAGGAGAAUCACCCACUAUCUCGUUCUCCUUGGCCUGAGAUAUGAAGUCACAUUCUGCAAUUUUUACAGCUGAAUAUACACCAAACCGGCAUGAACUGUGGGCCUGUGGUACUGGGGGAGAGACUGGACCGUAUGUCAUCAUUGCUUUCUCACUUGACAUUUGUGUUUUCCACUCAGAAAAACCCAAUUUUGUGACCAAGUCUGGAAAAGACAUCAAUGCCAGAAGUGAAGUGAAUAACUCUGGUCUCGAAUCACUCAGUUUCGUUUAAUACACAUGGCUUUCAUUGAUAUCAAUUUAUUUUUUGGAAGGUACAGAUUAAUUUUAUCACGGUUGAGAAGGCUAAUGUCUGGUCAGGUAGAGAGUGAAGCUUUUUUCUCCCUCCUUGACUCAUCUCCUUCUCCUGCAGCUGCUUACUAUUCCUUGCUUCUCUUCCCAAUAACAAAUGAACCUUGUAUAUUGAACACACACACACCUCUCUCAUACACUCACACAUAUAAUCCCCACACUCACCCCCACACACAAACCCUGUCAGACUUAUACCCCAUUACAGAAGCA